AUGAUUAAAGCCAGCUCACCAUCGUCAACAUCCAACGAUAAGAAUAAACGUUAUAGAGAUGAAAAGACGAAAAUUUCCGACUUUAACAAAAGGAUUAAAACAAAAUCAUCAUCUUCAACGUAUAAAAUUAACGAUAAACGCGAUAAAUAUGAAAAAACAACCCUUUAUGAUUCUAACGAGAUGAUUAAAGCCAAAUCACUCUCGUCAACAUAUAACAAUAAGAAUAAACGUUAUAGAGACGAAAAGAUAAAAACUGUCCUUUACGAGUCUAAUGAGAAGAUUAAAACAAAAUCACCAUCAUCAACGUCUAACAACAACGGUGAACGUGAUAGAUAUGAAAUUUACGGGUCUAACAAAAAAAGUAAAACCAAAUCACGUCCAACAUUAACGGUUUUUAAAGUUGUUAAAAGUUAA